AGCGAGACUCGGAUGAUUCGAGCACGGGUCACAUUCCUGGCGACCAGGAUGACCUGCCUCCAUGCUUAUUUUUAACAGUUCAUUCUCUUAAAUUCGGUCUUACUCUUGAUUCGUGUACCACACAAGGAAUACUUCUUCCCCGAAAUUCCUCUCGCUCGAGUUACUGUUCGUCCAUUUCAGUUCUGAUCUACGAAGAUUGUUACACGCUACACGUUUCGUCUUCCACGCUGUGUGCGGUCGGUUCUGUUGCCUGGGGUGUUUCCCUGCGUUCCGUUUUUCCUGACACUGUUUGCAGAAUGGUGCGCUCUCUCGGUAGUAUUGCCCUUUUGGCUGCCCUGGUAGGAGGCGCCACUGCAACAAGUUUCGAGGUGGUUAUCCCUGAGUCUAUCGCUGCAACUCGAGUAUCUAAGCAUCACUUAGCCGGAGGGGAAACCUGCACGGUCGACAUAAGCACGCUCGGCCAAGAGCACGCUAACGUCGUCGUGGAACCGUCAGAUCUUGCGAGCAAGGCGUUUGCCCUGAAGAACGGAUCUUGCGAUACCGCAGCCGGCCCCAAGCCCUGGACAGAGAUUUUCCCAGAUGUCGACAGAAACUUCGAGUUCACUUCCACCACUUCGACUGCGUCCAGCCUCAUUAUUAAAAUGCCAUCCCAAGGUGGUGGUGAGGGUUUCUGCUUCAUUGUCAAGGAUUCCACCACCAACAACUCGAUGACUUACGAAGUAGCGUCAGGAGCGUUCAAAACUGCAAUAGGUGUCGUGCCGCUUAUUGGUAUUCUGUCUUCUGUGCUUCUGAGCAUGCAGUCUUAAUCGCAUUCCUUCUGCUUUCCAUACUGUGACAAGUUAUUUUCUUGCCCCACAUGAAUUGGUUUUCACAACCCGACUCAGCCAGAUUCUAAACUGCUCGUUGAGGCCGCAAACAUAUCGCAUUCGCCCUGCAGAAGUGAUUAGUGCGGUGGCAUGAUAAAAUCCACUUACACACGCGGUACAGGAAGAUCUGACACGUCUAGGAAUGCCGCAGUUCGUUUUCGAUUGUGAAUUUCCAUGCAGCGAGAGCGCCUUACUGUGUUACACAU